CCACAUUGGAGAUACCACAUGCAGCAACUCCAAUGCAAAGAUUGUGAGCUAGUUCAUGGCUAGAAGCAGAUACGGAGAUGGCAAGCGAAAACAGAGAAGAGGUGGUAUGCGUAACCGGAGCAAACGGAUUCAUCGGAUCAUGGCUAGUUCACACCCUAUUAUCUAAACAAAACCCACACUACAAAAUCCACGCUACAAUCUUCCCCAAUUCCGAUCCAUCUCAUCUUUUCACACUCCACCCCGAAGCCCAAUCUCGCAUCACCAUCUUCCCCGUUAACAUCCUCGACUCCACCGCCGUCUCAAACGCCAUCAACGGUUGUUCCGGUGUCUUCCAUGUCGCUUCCCCAUGCACUCUCGAAGACCCAACCGAUCCACAAAAGGAACUUCUGGAACCCGCUGUACAAGGAACGCUUAACGUUCUAGAAGCAUCAAAACGCGCGGGUGUGAAGCGCGUGGUUCUUACAUCCUCCAUUUCAGCCAUGGUACCAAACCCUAAUUGGCCGGAAAACAAGGCGAUUGACGAGGGGUCGUGGACUGAUGUUGAGUACUGUAAGUUGAGGGGGAAGUGGUAUCCCGUGUCGAAAACGGAGGCGGAGAAGGUGGCGUGGGAGUUUUGUGAGAAACACAGCGGUGUGGAUGUGGUUGCAGUUCAUCCAGGGACUUGUUUGGGGCCGUUGCUUCAGAAUCAGAUGAAUGCAAGUUCUGCGGUGUUGCAGAGGUUGAUGAUGGGGGAGAAGGAUACACAGGAGUGUUAUUGGUUGGGUGCUGUUCAUGUUAAAGAUGUUGCUAGAGCUCAUGUUUUGGUUUACGAGACUCCAACUGCUGCUGGUAGAUAUCUUUGUGUUAAUGGUAUCUAUCAGUUUUCUAGUUUUGCCAAAAUUGUCUCUGAAUUGUACCAUGAUUACCCUAUUCACAGUUUCCCGAAUGAAACUCAACCUGGUUUGACACCAUUUAAAGAGGCAGCAAAGAGGCUAAUAGAUUUGGGCUUAGUCUUCACACCCAUUCAAGAUGCUAUCAGAGAAGCAGCAGAGAGCCUUAUGGCUAAAGGCUUCCUGCAGAGAACAACCUCACAGAAAUAGAAUUCAGAUUUCAUUUAGCUCUUCCCUUGAGGCAAAAUAGUCUUUGCUUCCUUUCUUUUCUUUGAUGUAAGGUAUAAGCAAUAAUUAAUGUAAUUAUAUAAUACUACCGUUCAUCUAGUAAAUAAAUCUCUUUAUCCUCUUA